AUGGAGAGAGAGCGGAACAGUAUGACAGAGUUCUGGAAGGAGCAUUCUCAGUGUGCCACCGUGGAGGAGAUGAUGUUAGACUCUAACGCAAGAGAGCUAACUCAGCAUGAGCUACCAGAGAUUCUCUCACUGCUGCCCAGUAUACAGAACACUGACAUACUGGAGCUGGGAGCAGGCAUCGGGCGCUACACAUCUCAUCUCAUUGGCAAAGCCCGUCAUGUGACUGCUGUGGACUUCAUGGAGAAGUUUGUGGAAAAGAACAGAGAGGACAACAGUCACCUCGGAAACGCAGAGUUCAUCCAAUCUGAUGUCACCCAGUUGAACUUCCCUAAUAACAGUUUUGACCUGAUCUUCUCCAACUGGCUGUUGAUGUAUUUGAGUGAUGAGGAACUCAAGUCUUUGACAGAGAAGAUGCUGGGAUGGCUGCGUCCCGGUGGCUUCCUCUUCUUCAGAGAAUCUUGCUUCCACCAAUCAGGUGACUGUAAGAGAGAUUUUAACCCCACCCACUAUAGAACGCCUGCACAGUAUAACCAAGUGAUGGGAUCAGUGCUGUGGGUGGAGUCAGUGGGCUCAGAGAAACACUCCUAUGGGUUUGACACCGUCUUAAAUAGGACUGUGCAAACUUAUAUCAAGAUGAAGAAGAAUCAAAACCAAGUGUGCUGGCUGCUACAGAAAACUGGGCGGGAUGUGAUGUUGCAGGAACAGGGUUUCAAAACUUUCCAGGAGUUUCUGGAUAACCAGCAAUACACACACCGUGGAAUCCUCCGCUACGAGAAAAUGUUUGGGGCGGGAUAUGUGAGCACAGGAGGGCUCAGUACCACCAAGGAGUUUGUGGACCUGCUGAAUCUCAAACCUGGACAGAAGGUGCUGGAUGUGGGCUGUGGUAUUGGGGGUGGAGACUUUUACAUGGCAAAGAACUUUGGUGUGGAGGUUUUGGGAAUGGACCUAUCAUCAAAUAUGGUGGAGAUUGCAAUGGAGAGGGCUGUGCAGGAGAAACUGCCACUGGUUCAGUUUGAGGUGUCUGACGCCACGAAGAGGGUUUUUCCAGAAGCUAAUUUUGAUGUGGUUUACAGCAGAGACACCAUCCUGCACAUUAGCGACAAACUGGCACUUUUCAAACGCUUCCAUUCGUGGUUGAAACCAGGUGGGAGGGUGUUGAUCAGUGAUUAUUGCUGUGGUGAGAAGCCCUGGAGCCCUCAGUUCCAGGCAUAUGUCAAUCAAAGAGGCUACAUCCUCUACACCCCUCAGAGAUACGGACAGUUCUUGGAGGAGGCUGGGUUCACUAAUGUGCGUGCUGAGGACAGGACUGCUCAGUUUAUUCACGUCAUUAAGACAGAGCUGGAGAGAGCAGAGGCCAUUAAAGAUGAAUUUAUACAGGAAUUCUCACAGGAGGACUAUGAUGCCAUCGUAAAUGGCUGGAGAGAGAAACUGCAACGAUGUGAGACUGGAGACCAACGCUGGGGACUGUUCUAUGCCACGCGAGACUGAGAGAGAGAGAGAGUGAGAGAGAGAGAGAGAGAGAGAGAGAGAGAUGCAAUGUGAUGUGUGAAAGUAUUCAUCAAAGUAUUCAAGCCAAAGGCACAUUGUCCUGUUUGGAAAGUGAGGAAUGAUUUCUCUGAAUGGGCCAGUGUUUGGUUACAUUCUGAAUCUUUUUGGACCAACAUACUGUGAUGUGCUACUUUAAUAAAAAUAACAUAUACCCUUCAAACUUUGGAAAA